AUGAAUUCGUAUUGGACAUCUGCGACAAACUUUUUAUUAUCAGCUAUUGAUAAAUCUAAACAAGCAGGAAUAUUCAUAAAAGAUGUAGCAGUUACUGCUAGUGAAAAGUGGCAAAAUAGCUCGUCAACUACAAAAACAGUCGUUGUUGCCACAACGGCUGCCGUAACAGCUCCGUUGGUUGCAGUACCUGCUCUCGGUGCAGUAGGAUUUACAUCAGCAGGUGUAGCAGCAGGUAGUGUUGCAGCAGCCAUGCAAUCAGCUACAACAGUAGCAGGAAGCACAUUUGCUUUAUGCCAGUCAGCUGGAGCCGUUGGUGCAGUUGCUACAUCUACUUCUGUAGCAGUUGGACUUACAGCUGGAACGGUUGCAGGUGGUGUUACAGCUUUGGCUGCUAAAAAUGGAAAUGGAUCAAGUGAACAGAGCGUUCGAGAUAAUGGACGUCCCCCACCACAUAAACUUUGA